CUGGCAUCGUACUCUCACAGCUCAAAAAACUAAUUAUUUGGUAACAAAAGAAGAACAGAAGAGCAGAGGACUAGGUUCAGAGACUUCGCUUCCGUUGCAUUGCCACCGUUGUUCUUGACUUCGCUCAAAUUGAAUGAGCAGAAUUUGGAGGUGAGCUAGGGAUGACGACUCGAAUCGCUCCGGGCGUUGGAGCGAACCUCCUGGGCCAACACUCGGCCGAGAGGAAUCAAGACGCCACUGCUUAUGUUGGCAACCUCGACCCCCAGGUCAGUGAGGAAUUACUAUGGGAGUUGUUUGUUCAAGCAGGCCCUGUUGUCAAUGUUUAUGUGCCAAAGGAUAGAGUGACAAAUCUUCAUCAAGGAUAUGGGUUUGUGGAGUUCCGGAGUGAAGAAGAUGCGGACUAUGCAAUAAAGGUUCUGAACAUGAUUAAACUGUAUGGGAAGCCAAUACGUGUGAAUAAGGCUUCUCAAGAUAAGAAGAGCUUGGAUGUUGGUGCAAACCUUUUUGUUGGAAACCUUGACCCUGAUGUGGAUGAAAAGCUUCUCUAUGAUACUUUUAGUGCAUUUGGACUCAUUGUUACAAACCCGAAGAUAAUGAGAGACCCUGAGACUGGGAAUUCCCGUGGUUUUGGUUUUAUUAGCUAUGAUUCUUUUGAGUCUUCUGAUGCAGCUAUCGAGGCCAUGAAUGGUCAAUAUCUCUGCAAUCGUCAAAUUACAGUGUCCUAUGCAUACAAGAAAGAUACCAAAGGGGAGCGUCAUGGUACCCCAGCAGAGAGAGUCUUGGCUGCAAGCAAUCCUGGUGCGCAGAAAAACAGGCCCCACACGCUUUUUGCAAGUGGACCACCUACACUAUCGAAUGGUCCUCAGGCUAAUGGUACCAUGGGGGUCCCUGUUCCUCCUCGUCCCUUUGCAAAUGGUCCCAUUAAUCCUGGGCAAGUUCCAGCAAUCCGCCCUCCCCCGCCACAGGUUGGGGCCUUUCCCCCUCCUAUGCAACUAGCAGGGCAGCAUUGGCCUGGUCAGAUGCAGCAACAGGGUCAAAUGAUGAUGCCACCUGUCAUGCCACCUCCACCUCAGCAGUUCAGACCACUUGCCAGACCACCACCACCUAAUAUUCCACCUCCUCCACAGGCAGCAGUUUCAAGGCUUCCACCACCACCAAUGGGUAUGAAUGCACCACCACUGGUUUGGCCACCAGCACCACCUCCUCAGCAUCAUAUGGCUGGAAGACCUCCUCCGCCACCUCCAAUGUCCAUGCCACCACCUCCACCACCUCCAUCAGCUUGAAUUGAUAUGAUAGGUCAUUCCAGAGCUCUGUAACUCCAAGAUAUAUAUUUGCUGGGUAAUACUAUUUAGGGGGUAUGGCCUGGCUGUUGACCUUUGUUUUCUUUGUUCUAUUAGAUGAGGAUUUUUCUUUAUAUGCAACUGCUAGAUGAGGAUUUGUUGUUUCUCACUUUGGUUUCAUUAGGCUCGCACAGGUUGUAAUAUAUAAACCCAAUAGUGUAGUGCUAUGUGAAGUUUCUUUAAUUGACAGGCAAAAGGUGGAAGAAGGGAUUGCAAGGUGGUGAAAUUAUAUAGAACUUUGCUGAUGUUUAU